CCACAUUCCUCUGCACUUGUCUGACAACUCCCGCCCCCCCCCUUCCCUUUUUCUCCUAUACUUGGAUAAUUCCCUUCAAGCUGGCAUAGUGCUGCUCUACUUUCAACCACGCAACAUCCCCCCCCAAAAGGAUUCAAGAUGUCUGCCCCAGUUUCAUUGCUGAUAACGUUGUCCAUGGUCUUGCUGUGUUUUGGGGAAGAGCCAGUGGAAGAAGUCAUCAAACCUAGGAAGAUGCAGUUGCUUGGAGGAUGGUUUGACAGGAGUCUAGACUCAGAAGAGGUGCAGAAGGCCACAGAUUAUGCUGUCAAAAUGUUCAACUCCAACUCCAAAGGCAAGAGGCUGUUCAGACUGGACUCCAUCUCCACUGCUCAGAGCCAGGUGACUAAUAUGAUCAACUACAAGAUUGACGUCGUGUUGGGAAAAACCAAGUGUCUGAAAGCAGAAAAUCACGAUCUAGAGCACUGCGAGCUGGAGAAAAAGCGUGUGGGCUGUCAGUUUGUGGUGGCCUUUAACCCCCGGAACAACAAGCACGAGCUGAGAACCGCAAUUGUAAGAAGCUCAGCAAGCCCAAAGCCUGACCUCCAGUGUUCUUUCAGUACUUCAGACCUCCGUGUGUUGUGUUUAAGCCUUCUCACUUUUGAUACAGUGUUUGAUGCAGUGUUCUUUUUUCCUCAAUAAAUCACUUUUUUCCAAGAA